ACCGCCUUACAUGGCAAGGACGAAACACGGGGCUGUUUCCUUUGAUCCUUUUCUCCACUGUCGUCCUUUCGGACGCCUGUCAUAACUAACGGACGCCUGCGGGAGAGAUGGGAUCCCCUUCCUACUUACUCUCCACUCUGUGCUUUGGCGUAAGAUAAGAUAGAUAGCGACCUCACUGCCAUCACUUUAGGAUCUAUCUGCCACUCAUGCCAGCUCGAGACGGCCCAGGCCUACCCGGCCUGUAUUUUGCUAUCUCUUCACUCUGCUUCCUCUUUAGUGUCGGUCUCGUCUGGUACGCCUACGUCGGCAAUGUGCCUGUCUGGACUUCCAACGAUCCAGGAGUUGGCUACCUCGAUAAGGCUGGUUGGCUUCUGACGGUCCAAGACAGAUUCGAAGAGGGCGGACCAGGAUGGAAAUUUGGUUUUGGCGUUUGGGGUUGGUGUGAGUGGCAUAGUGGACAGGAUGGAGUAGGGCAGUGCCACGGUAAGGGAUCUUGGAGUAUACCGAGGUCCGCACCAGACGGUGAUCCUGUUCUCGAUCUUGACCUUCCUGGAGCCGUGGCGACGUCCAUGUUUGGCUGUGGCGUCAUUGUAAUCAUCGCCGCUAUCAUCUCCCUCAUUUUUUUCGUUGUCCAUUUCCUGACGAUGCGGUACGAAGAGGUUACACCGCCACCUCUAUUCUUCCUGCGAAGCAAUGAGCCAAAACCCAAAUUUUCAGACAGCACCAAUCGUCGAGCCAGGCUGGCUCUCAUACUCGGUUGGAACUGGGUACUCGGAGUCACUUUAUACCUCUUGUUUCUGGUCAGUACUGUACCGGCUUUGGCUGUUUCGUGGUCCGCCAAAGACCACUACGGUGAUGACACGACCUACAAGGCGGAGAUAGGCCAAGGGGCCUGGGCACUGCUCGCAUCCGUACUCCUCACGUUCGCGGGGCUAAUCACCAUUUACACUGGAGGUUUGUGGCCACGAAAGGGGCUGGUCAAAGCGGACGGCAAAGUUGUCAAGGAUGAGAAAAAGUACAAGCUCUAGCGAGCUGUGACUCGACCAGAACUCAGCUAUCAAGGUCUUUCAGUUUGCUUCCAAUGAGACGCGUUGUAACGGAAGCCAGAUACUGUAGUAUACAUGCCACACAGC